AUGCGGGAGGCAGAUCUGGAUCUGCCCUUUGAGCUUCACAUGCUGGAGGUGGCCCUCGGGGAGGUGCGGGGGCCGGGGCCCGGCGGCGGCUUGGCGGCGGUGGUGCAGGCGGCGGUGGUGGCGGUGUGCCGCCACCUGGCGCAGCAGGCGGCGUCACUCGAGCAACUGGCCCACCCGGCGCUCGACGCGCUCACGCGCAACGCCGACACUAUCAACCUCGAACGGGUGCGCAAGAUCAAGACGCAGCACCAGCGGCUUAGCGGGCGCGUGACGGGGCUGCGGGAGGUGCUAGAGCGAUACAUGGAGGAUGACCAGGACAUGUACCGCAUGUGCCUUACUAAGCGGCGGGAGACGGAUGUGGAGCCGACUGGGAGUGACAACACGCUCAUGAUAUCGCGGCCCAACCCCGCGCGGCACCACCUGGCCGCGGCCGGCCUGCUGCGCAGCCACAGCCUGGCGCGCAGCCCACCUGUCUUCCUGGAGCGCCUGGGGUCGUCCCUGCCGCGGCAGCGCGGCGGCGCCGACAGCGACUCAAGCAGCGCAACCUCGGACGUGCACGACCUGCUGGAGGUGGAGAACCUGCUUGAGUCAUAUUACAUGAUGGUUGACUCAACACACCACAAGCUCAACGCCAUAGGGGAGUACAUCGAUGACACUGAGGACUACAUCAACAUUGAGCUGGACUACAGCCGCAACAGGCUGCUGCGGCUAGAGAUCAUGAUCACGGCCAGUGCCCUGGGGAGGUGCGACGGGAGCGCCUCGGGCAAGCUGCUGCGCCGGGCAGGGGUGGCGACCUUCUGCCUGGCGCUGUACAACCUGCUGGCGGGAGUUCUCGGCGAGAACUUGGUCCUGCCGACGCUCAUCACCCAGGACAUCUGGGGCUUCGUUGUUGUCAACGGCACGGCCUCGACCGUCUGCGUCGCGCUCUUCUUCCUCUCGUGGCGCGUGAUGCAGCGGCGGAAGAUGAUCUGA